AUGCUGCUCUCUGGAGAGACCCACCAUUCAACAGUCAGAAUGGCUCGGGAUAUGUCAGAUAAAGAAAUCCUGCAAAUGGAAUUGGACCAAUUGAAGAAAGAAGUUAACACACCUCGUACUGCUGUGCUCACAAACUGCGCCGAAACCAUUUCAUUUGUGGAAAACCUGGCUCCCAACGACCAACUGAUCAAGGGGGUCCCGGACGAUAAGAACCCCUACAAAGGAGACAAGGGCGGCUGCAUAGUAACAUAA